AUGGCGAGGUUUCUGUUGGCCCUUGUUGGGCUGUUUUUCUGGUCCUCAUGCCAGCACAUAAACGCGUCGGAGAGAUCAACCAACAGUAGAAACAAUGAGAUGUACGUCUCGCCCGUGCACUCGUUCAGCUCGCCCUUCACCGUGGACGACCUGAGCAAGGGGUGGAUCCUCAACUACUCCACAGCUAGCACAAACAAGUACCUGGUGCUAAUCCCAAACGUAUAUAACCGAAGGGGGUUCCUCUACCACAGAAAGCCCAUCCUUUCAGAUACCAUCAACAUCGAGUUCAGUUUCCACAUAAGAAAGCAAGUGUACAAAGAACAUAUAGACGAAAGCUACUACAAAAAUGAGCAAGUAAAAGAAGCAAUAUAUAAAAACUCCACCGAAGAGAAGGACAAAAUAAAUGGUUUCGCCUUUUGGCUAUUACCCAAUGAGUUUUCCUUUCCAAGUGUAAAUUCUCAUGAAGGGGUUCAACUGGAAGAAGGGGAAUUUGGACUCUAUGGAUAUAAAAAUAAUUUUAAUGGCAUCGGUGUUGGUUUCCAAUUACGUGGAAACGAUUUAGCCAUAUCUGGAUUUAUUAACAAUGGAAAAAAAAAUAUCAACAUGAAGGAGAACACGACAAAGAGUUAUAACCUGAGUCUACUGACCAUGGAUGACUUGAUCUAUGUAAAAUUAACGACACAGAAAAACGAAAUGCGUGUUUAUUUGUUCAAUGCCAGGAACAACAGUUAUAUCCACAGCCUAACGGUGAAGAAGCAGAUACCAAAGGAAAAUUACAUCGGAUUCAGUGCAUUCAAUUAUAAAGAGAAUGAGCAAAUGACCAACACAAAUGUAGAGAAGUACGUGCCCACCUUCGUAGGCAUCACACACGUUUCAAUUUCUAGUAGCGACCUUUUCUCCGAUACAGAGCAGGGGGAGUACUCAGGACAUGAAACGGAUUCAGUUGUUGGAAACGUGGAGGAAAACAUAAAGAACCACCCUAGUGAUAGCCUUAACGGAAUGGACUAUAGCCAUUUCAAUCAAGUGGAAGCGCUCAAGUCUCUAACCGAUACACUGAAUAAAUUCAUGUCCUACCAAAAAAGUAGCGAGAAAAAAAUUCAGCAGAGCCUUAACAUGCUCCACGAGAGUCUACUUUUUCUACAAGCAGAGAUAAAGCAAGUGAAAAAAAAUGUCGUGAGCAAAGCUGAAGACCCCAAGCAUUUUCAGAAAAUUUUCACAACAGAGUUGAGUGGGCUGAAAAGUUUAUUUCAUUCACAUGCACAACAUAGUAAGAAAAAUAUCGAGGACAUUACAGACAGGUUGACAAAACGGAUUAAUGAGAACCAGGAGUUAAAGCUCCUCGCGGAGAAGGCACAGAAGCUCGAAACCAUCAUCAACAAGGGUAACAACACUUCGUACAUUUUUUCGUUUGCAUUUGCUGUUCUCAUUAUUUUAACUCUAAUUUUGAUAUACAAAAAGAUUAGAGAUGUCGAGAAAAAGCAUAUUUUGUGA